CCGAUCAUUCUCCGAUCCUUCAAAUUUUCAAAAUUUGAAAAGCGAUAGAGAGCGAGACACAGCGAUGGCGUCAGUGUCAGGAACCAUGAAGGGUUUCUACCGACAGAGGAAAUCCCACAAAUCCUCCUCCAAAUCUUCCAAGAAAUCCCUCUCUCUUGUUUCCGACGUCACGCAGUCACUGUCUCCCAAAGAUGAUGUCAAUGAGCAUGAAGAGAUGUUGCGUCAAUUUGACAUGAACAUGGCGUAUGGACCAUGCAUUGGGAUGACCAGACUAGCUCGCUGGGAACGUGCCUAUAAGUUAGGUUUAAACCCUCCUGCAGAAAUUGAAAAGCUUUUAAAAGGCGGGAAGGUUCAGGCAGAUUGCUUGUGGGAUGGCCACGUUUAGAAGUUUGUAUGGAAUCCUCUGUUGUUUAGAUUUCAGUAGAUAAUGGGAGUACGGGAGUAAAGUGAAAACAUUCAGUUUUCGGCUGUGUUCUUCCCGCUUGUAUGUUAUGUCAUGUCGGUUAUUAAAAACAAUGUUCUCGUUUCCUCUUUCCUGUUGUUAUCAAAAGACAAAAUCAUGCAUUGACUUGUAGUUUGCACUUGGUUUCUGUAAUAUAUGCUUAGUAUUUAU